AUUAGUGUUACCAGCCAUCUCCAAUAUUACGGCUAGUAUCUAAAUAUCAGGGUCGUUAUGGAGCGGUCGUUGCGUGACAUCAUCACGGUGGAGCCCGUCAUCGCCCUGUACAUGAUGGCCCUCAACCUGCAGACCCCGGUACUGCAGCAGGUCGUCUGGGUCAAGUCCUGUCUCAGCAUGUUCAACCAGACGUUCUGCGACGGUCUCGAGAAAAGCGAUAACGUCGAGCUGCAAGACGCCGUCCAGAGCCAGGCUUCCAUCUGGAUUCUCGCGAACGUGAUCGCGCUCACCAUACCAUCCAUCAUCGUCACCGUUUUCGUCGGCCCGUGGAGCGACCGCGUCGGACGGAAGGUCGCCAUGAUCCUUCCCGCGCUCGGAGGCUGCCUCAUGAGCGUCAACAUCGUGUUCCAGUCGUGGUGGAUUGACCUACCGUGGUACUUGUUGCUGAUUGGACCGUUCAUAAGCGGAUUCUGCGGCGGCUUCGCAACGGUCUUGCUGUCCGUGUUCAGCUAUCUCGCCGACGUCACGACCAAAGAGGAGCGUACGAAAAGAAUGGGGAUCGUAGACGCUACGAACACGUUAGGGUGCACCGUCGGCUUGCUGAUAAGCGGUGUCAUGGCGGACAACGUCGGUUACGUCCCGGUCUUUGUCACUUGUGCGGCUCUACAGUUUCUAGCGAUACUCUACGUCAUCUUCUGGUUGAAGAACCCUGACCCUGUUAGGCCGAGAGGGACUUCUCUAUUGAACGUGGACCCUUCGGAAGAAAGGGGCGCUUGUCUGCAAUUUUUUAGUCUUAAAAAUAUCAAGAAGGUGGCUCAAAUAUGCACGAAGAAGAGACCAAAUAACCGAAGGGUGCAUGUGAACCUGACCUACCUGUGUCUUUUCCUCUCUGCACUCAUCCAAGCAGGUGUUGCAGAAGUGGGUCUACUCUUCGUGAAAGCGGAGCCGUUAAAGUGGUCGGAGAGUCUGUACGGUUACUGGCAGGCGGCGCAGAACGUCAUUCCGUCCGUCACCCUGCUGGUCGUCAUGCCGUUCCUGGCCAAGCGUCUCCCGGACACCGCCCUUGUCAUCAUCGGGGGCGUCUCGUACGCGGCCAAGUUCGAAAUCAUGGCGUUUUCCAGCACCACAUGGCUCAUGUUCUGUGCGGCUGCGGCGGGUGCGUUUCAGUAUCUAGCCUUGGGUGCACUCCAUGGGAUGAUCUCCAAGCAGGUUGAUAGCAGUGAACAAGGUGCGACAUUCUCACUGAUGGGUGUGCUGGAGUGCGGUUCUGCUCUCUUCUCCAGCCUCAUCUUCAACUCCAUGUACGCCGCGACAAUCCGGUACUUCCACGGAGCAUGCUUCCUUCUCAUGGUCCUCAUGAGCUUCUUCAUCAUAGUCAUAAAUGUGUGGCAGGAAUGGGACGAAAAGCCCCAGUGGGUCUCACCCUCUCUCCAGGACCCUGAUGAUGAUGACAUCUUUGACAGCAAAAAGACGGCCCUUAUUACCUGAUCUUCCAUAAUGCCAGUUUCAAUUAUAUGUUAUUAAUCUCGAGCAGGUUCUAGCCAGCACCUGUCGGAAUUUUGCAGCUGGGGACAGACACAAAUUUUGCCCAUCCCGUCCUCUGUGAUGGACAAAAAUUGGCUUGUUAUGAUAUUAAAGAAAAGAAAUUUUACAAAGAUCUCCAGAAAUUGAGCACAGAUGCCGUUGAACUGAGCUGAGUCCAGUCUUAGCAACAUUUGCCCCUCAAAAUGCAAGAAAUAGUGUUUCAGAUUUCAAAGUUUUUCCGGACCCACUAGGACUGUCUCAUGGAAGCCCAUGGCAUUUAACAGGAUUUUUGUUUAAAAACCAGGGGACGGAAAAAAUUUCAGGCUGGCAAGAACGCUGAUCUCGAGCUAUUUAAAUUUCUGGAGACCAAGAAUCUUCUAUAUAGCCAUGGAAUUCACCAUUUAGGUACCCUAUCUUCUUAACGGUGAUCGCUGAGAGACCUUGACCAUACAGUGACUC